UGUUCCUCGGAUCACCGAUCAAGGAAAGAGCCGAAGAUGGGACAUGUACACUGAUCAUCAGGGCACUGAUGAUCAGUGUGCCCUGGUGAUAAGUGUAGCCUCAGCAGUGCCACCUGUCAGUGUCCAUCAGUGCCUUGUGUCAUUGCUCAUCAGUGCCACAUCAAUGCCACAUAUCAGUGCCCAUCUGAGCUGCCUUUCAGUUUCACCCUUCAGUGCCACCUAUCAGUGCUGCCAGUCAGUGCCACCUAUGAGUGCCAGUCAGUGCCGCCUAUCAAUGUGCAUCAGUGCCACCUAUCAGUGCCUGUCAGUCCCGCCUAUUAGUGCCAUGUAUCAG